AUGCAGAAAAAGAAAUUGUCCACUUUAGUAAGUGGGCUAGAGUCCUGCUUCCCACGGUUCAACAAAAUGGAGCAGGAGCAGUAUGAUGUGAAGAAUUACCUGAAACGCUGUCAACUCUUCUCGAAAGGCUUUGCAGGACUCCUCAUGAUUAUGCUUUUUACACACAGCCUGACCGCCAUCGUUAUAUACGCCUUUAAGAGAUUGUGGCUCCGAUCCCCAGAUGCCAAGCAAUCUCUGCCCUUUGUUGACCUGGCGCUAUGGAACUGGCACGGAUCGUGGCGAUUCUACAUGACCUACGUCAUGCAGGUGGUCUCUGGCUAUACUGCCACAUGUGGAAACAUGUGUGCCGACCUCAUUAUCUUUGCCGUGGUCUUUCAGGUCACCAUGUACUUUGACAGGCUGUCCAGGGCUCUCAGGGAGUUCAGGAUCCUAAACCGUACCGAGGUUGAUGGAGUGAGCAAGAACCUGGAGGAGCUCCGAUCACUGAUUGCCUAUCACAUCAAAAUACUCGGACUCACCGAUAUAAUGAAUGCGGUCUUUGGUAUUUCGUUGCUGCUUAACUUUCUGGCCUCCUCGUGGCUCGUCUGCCUUGUGGGUUUUCAGUUAACCAUCGAAUUCAGCCCCGAACAUUUCUGCAAGCAGGUGCUACUCCUAGUUUCCGCUUUGGUCGAGAUAUAUCUCCUGUGCUGCUUCAGUCAGAUGCUGAUCAAUGCGGUCUGUUAA